UACACAGUGUAUCAGUACACACACGCCUCUGGUGAUGAUGGACUGCACCUUCUCCUUGUGCCUCUUGGCCUGUGUUGAGCUAGCCUCUGCCUACCCUAUUACGGCCUCCUGGUUCCGUGACCGCUACACCAUACGCGACUGGAACACGACUCUGUCACAGUUUAAGGCUAUAGGCGGAGAUACAGUAUGGCAGAGAGCGCCACCAAUUAUCCGCAGGUCGCGAGAUGACCUGGAGCGAGAUCUUAACUUCGUCUGGUGCGGCAGUACCAAUAGCAGCACUGGUGUGACUGGAACGAGAUGUUUCGAUGAAGCAACACAAGAGUUAUCUGCUCUUGGUGUGAAGGUAGCGGCAUUUGCAACAUACCAGUAUGAAGAAAACUUCAGUGAAGUCAUCAUGGUGUGUCCGAAAUUUGACAGGAAGAUAGAGAGCUCCAGAAUUUACUAUCGUCUGGUGUUAUCAACAACGACACAGAGUGAUCCAUGUAAUAUAACAUCCGGAUCGUCAGUGGUCGUGCUCUUCACGUCAUUCGCAGGCACCGAUCCACACGAGCUACUUUUGGAGAGCGCAGCUGCCAAUAACAUGUCUGUGUACUUGGGGCUUCCUGCGGUUCCUGGCAACUACGACAAGUUCGGUUUUGACGAAGAACUUAUGCCUGCUUAUUACGCAUUUACCUCCCGGGUUCUUCUGGACCACAAAUCUCGGUACUCACACAGGAUUGGCGGUGAAGUCGACCGCUGGACAUUUACAAGAAACCACAAGUCAAGCAAAGCCUUGAAAACCCCUCUACAUGGCAGCAAAUCGUUGUUUGAUGCCAUCGCUGGGUAUUAUUCGACAGAUGAAAGCUGUCUCGCUCAGGUUGACACCAAAUCGAUCUAUCUUGAAUUGUACAGAAAUCUUGGUAAAGCUGUCCAUGGUGUUGGCAAGCGUUUUGCAAUUUCCCCAUUUGUUGACUUAAACCGGUCCCAGCUUAAUGCCACGGUAGACCAACACGUGCAAGGUUUCAGGAACAUCGUUUCGACGGCUGAAGUUGACAUUGUGGCGGUGCAGGAGGGUCGCGGGGCAGGGAAGGGUUGCUACUACUGGCCCAACCAACUGGACACACCUGUUGUAGAGGUAGAUUCGAAGCUAGACGAGAUAAUCCACUACAUCAGCCCUACCCUCCACCCCAACGUCACAUACCGGGACGCAUUCACCGCCAGUAACCAGGAGCUUUUCCGGCAGUUUGGCCAGAUACAAGAUUUCAGCCACCAACAGGGGAAUCAGUUCGAGUACUGGCUCAACAUUGAAGCAUUUGAGUAUCUCCGAGAUGACCCAUGUCUCCUGGUUGAUCCUAUGGCUUCAGGGAUGGGGGAACUCCUGCAAAGGACGACGAAGUCGCGUAUUGACAGAGCACUGACUGCCGCGGGAGCUUCUCCGAAGAAGAUUAUAUCAUUUGCUUGGGAUUCCGACUUCACGUGCACAACAGAACAGUAUAAGAGUAGUCUUGAAGCGGAAAUACGUCACGAUUCAUCACGACCAAUCAUUGCCAACUGUUCCUUCCAUUCAAAGAACAAUCUAUCCGUGGUCGUUAUUGGCUAUAACUUGGAGGGAGAGACACAAGGCUUCGUUGUUGAGUGGACUGACAGGGAGAACAAGCAUCACAGUGACCCCCUGAAUGGCUACUACUAUGAGACGGACUGGGGACAGAGGCACAAUAAGGUGGAGAGUCUGAUAUACAUCAUGCUGUGGGAUAUCCCAGAUAUGAAUCAGGACCUUCCAGCAAAGGGCAUUGUCAGUGUGAAGGCAAAUGGGGCAUACCAUAACUGUGUAUUCCAAUACGACUAUUCCUAGCAAAUCAACUGCAUUGUCAAUUUUUAAUGUAACUUCACAUAGUUUCUGCACAAUAAAAAUGUACAUGAAA